AUGGACGACCGCACAGUGGACAAGAUCUUCGCCGGGCAGCUGGACACCUUGCCUCCGGUCAGCUCGAAAGUGUGUCGUAUUUUCACCUCCUCGACAUUCACAGACAUGUUGAUGGAACGUAACACUCUUAUGGCUGAAGUUUAUCCAAGACUCAAGGAGUUUUGCAGAGAAAAACAUGGUCUCGAGUUCCAGGUGGUAGACAUGAGAUGGGGCGUGAGGGACGAGGCAACAGACGAUCACAUGACUACUGAACUCUGCAUGAGGGAGAUUGACAACUGCCAGAGACUCUCCAUGGGGCCGAAUUUCGUGUUCUUCGGCGGGCAAAAGUACGGCUACAGACCCAUUCCAACCGUGAUCCUCGGCUCUGAACUCCUCAUGCUACGCGAAGCCCUCAUCAACAUGGGCGUGGACACCAUCCUCAUCGACACCUGGUACAAGAGGGAUUCCAACGCCGUACCUUUCGUCUAUAUCCUUCAGCCAAUAUCCUCCAUCCUCGUCAAUUUCAACAACAAGCGCGUUCCCAAGCUCCAAGCGCAGGACCAAGCCACGUGGUGGGACACUCUGAGCAAGAUGCAGAAGCUCUUGCGAAAGGCGGCCCAAGCUUGCUAUAACACACACAAGAUGGAUAAGGAAGCGAUGCAUAAUUACUUCAUGUCGGUGACGGAACGAGAGGUCAUCAACGGAAUCCUGUCCGUGAAGAACACGAAGAACCACACGCUGGCCCUUGUCCGCUACAUCAACAACAUCAACUUGCAGAACCUACGUCGAGCGGCCAAUUUCAUCGACAUCGUGAACCGACAGAUCGACGGGGAAGCCAUGAAGCUCUUGUCCGAUCUGAGGGACGUGAGGCUUCCGGCGAGGAUCGAGGCUUCCAACUACCAUAGAUACACAGUCGAGUGGAUAGGGCGAGAGGGCCUGGCGAAGGAGACCCACGGCGAGUACCUGCAGGAGUUCUGUACACACUUCUACAAGGGCAUGACCAAACUCAUCGACCGGGCCAUGAGGAAGGAAGAUUCAUCGGCACAGGGACAGAUUAUUACCGAGAUUCUGCAGCAUCUUCAUGCUUGUAAGAACUCCGUGCAGGUCUUCUACGGGCGCGAGGAGGAAGUGAAGAAGGUCGAGGACUACAUCAAGGGCCCCUCCGUCAACCCCCUCCUCCUGCACGGGGCAGGGGGGUGCGGCAAGACCUCCCUCCUGGCCAAGUGCGCCGCCAGCAGCUUCGAGUGGCUCUCUCACGCCAAACCUAUCCUCGUCAUUCGCUUCGUCGGGACUUCCCCGGAGUCGACGGCCCUCACGCCCUUGCUCACCUCGAUCUGCCAUCAGAUAUCCUACAAUUACAUGCUUCCAUUUGAGGAUAUUCCGGACGAUCUUGUGCCUCUUACAGCCCAUCUCAAGGAACUGCUCAACUGUGCCACGACGCAGAUGCCACUUCUGAUCUACCUGGACAGCGUGGACCAGGUCACAGGCGCCACCGAUGCCAACCGUAUGUCUUGGAUUCCCACCAGGCUUCCUCCCAAUGUUAAGAUCGUGGUGUCCUGCGUGUCGGAGGACAACGACCCCGAGCUCUCUAAAGACUACACGCUCCUGCGCAGGAUGAUUGACAACAUAGACAAUUUCCUAGAAGUGAGGGCGCUGGGAGAGGACCUGGCCAUGGACAUCAUCAAGAAAUGGAUGUGCACCGCCAAGCGUGACCUGAACAACUACCAGUGGCGAGUGGUGAGUAACGCCAUCUCUCGGUGCUCUUUGCCCAUCUUCGUCAAACUCGUCUUCGCUGAGAUCUGCCGCUGGAAAAGCUACAGCAAGCCACAGGACACGUAUCUCGCCUCCAACGUGAUGGAUUCCAUAAUGAUGCUCUUCUCCAAGGUCGAAGUCAAGCACGGACGUCUGUUGGUAUUCCACGCUCUCGCCUACAUCACCGCCAGCAAGAACGGUCUUUCGGAGAGUGAGCUCGAGGAUCUCAUCUCGCUCGAUGACAAGGUCCUGGACGACGUAUACCAAUACCACAUGCCGCCCGUCCGUCGCAUCCCGCCCCUUCUGUGGACGAGGAUAAGGAACGAUCUCCCCAACUACCUGUCUGACUGUGAGGCUGAUGGGGUCUCGGUGCUAAAUUGGUACCACAGACAGUUCAAAGAAGCCGCCAUCAAGAGAUAUUUCACCAACCAGAACAUGGCACAAUAUUUCUACUCCAUGAUCGCUGACUAUUUCCUGGGCACUUGGGGGGGAGGCAUACCCAAGCCCUUCAAGUACACGGAGAUCCAGAGGCAUAGAUUCAACCUGAAGAGUAAGGAAGGCCUGGCCGAUAGGAAGGUCCCUGCACAACCUCUGGUCUAUUAUAACAAGGACGGGAAAGUCAGCCGCUAUAAUUUACGUAAGUUCGGAGAGCUGCCGUACCACCUGAUUCGAGCACGGAGGUUCGAGGACCUGUACAAACACGUGCUUUUCAACUACCAGUGGCUUCAUGCUAAACUCAGCUCGUGUCCUCUGCAAGCUGUCCUUUCUGACUUUGAGGAUGCCAUCGCUCACAUCGACGACAGAGACCAGAUAAGAGAGCUGAUGUUAGUAGCGGAUGCCUUGAGACUGGGUGGCGCCAUCCUCUCCCAAUACCCGGACAUGCUGGCACCACAGCUGAUAGGGCGUCUUCUGCCCGAAAUGGAGACGAAUCCCAAUGUCAAGAGCCUCCUGCUGCAGUGCGACGCCGAGGGCAUAGAUCACUGUGGUCUCCUGCCGACCUAUCACUGUAGCCACACGCCUGGGGGUCCACUGAAGUAUUCCCUAGAAGGCCACCAGUUCGCCGUGUUCGGAUUCCGACUGACGAACGACUUGCGCUACAUCGUCAGCGUUUCGAACAAGUUCAUCACGUGGGACCUGUCGACAUCUGACCUGACACGCGAGGUCAUCCCGGGCAUUGAAGGCAUUAUGCAAGAUCUUGUUCUUUCUCCAGACAACAAGUACUCCAUUGCCCACACUAACAACAGUCAGACGGUUCUCCUCAACAUGCUAACCAGUGAGUUCUUCCUACUCGAAAAUCCUAUGCCAGGGGAAACUGUCAUAGGUUCGCUCCUGUCAGACUCAUGCGCUGUCAUCCACGGGGAAAGGUCAUGGGUUUUGUACACACUCAGAGGAGAAAUCAAAGAGCGUGUGAGUUCCCCCGUCGACAAACCCAUACUGUUCAUGGAUUUCAAGGGCCCGCAAGACUACUCUAUUAUCUGCUGGUCAGGUGACUUCGAUGACAAGAACCUCCUUAUACAUACGGUGGUCGAAGGAAAUGCCUUCGAGAAUCUAGAUUUCCACAGGUAUUCCAAGGACGAGGUCAUGAAUAAUUCCGAUAAAAAAAAAAUCUUCCUUAUUAUCAGCGUGAUGACCUGGACAACUUGCCGCACUUACCUGUACUGCUGCGUGCAAGAACAUGGCCAGGAUGUGUGUGCUUUCACCAAGGGCGAAUCGUCGUGGAUGCUGGAUAGGAUUAUCGCCCCUAAUGACGAGAAACUCCUUAUGCUACACCUGACUCACGACCAGAAACACUUGAUCGGGACCUUUAUGUUAGGUUUUAAGGUAUGGGAAGUGGAAUCGGGCAAAGGCUGGACGCUCAGACUACCCCACGGAAUCAGGAACAUAUCCACGCAGCUGCUGAAGUCAAAUUCCUGCGUCCUGUCCAAAGGCUACAAGUAUGCUGUAGCUGGUGUGAGGAAAAACCUCUACGUGUGGGAACUAGAAACCCAAGAACUUCUCAAGGUUUUAGACGCUCAUUUUGGCCGAAUUAUGGACAUGGUGGCUCUGACUGUCGGCAAUUGGAAUUCUGUGAUAACUUCCUCUCUCGAUCGGACGGUUAAAGUGUGGAACAUCAAUAAUAUUUUCGAACAAGUCCACGUCAUCGAUCGCCACGAACUGCAGGUCGACGAUAUCAGCUUGGCCGUCACUCUACCCCUAGCCGUCACAGUGACCAGGAAUUGCGUGGGAAUCUGGAAUCUCAAGCUGGGCAAGCUAGUGAGCAAACUAGCAGACUCUCCCCUCGGUGCUAUCGUCACUCACGCAAAGAUCACAAAUAAUAGCAGGUACAUCGUGUCUACGGAAUCGGGCAACGUUCUCUUCUGGAUGGUUCGUGCUGAAGCUGUAGUGUUCAAGGCAGAACAGAAGAACGUCCAACAGCUGAUGCUCCUCGACGACGAUACCAAAUGUGUCACCGUGUCGAAGAUCUCAGAGGGCACCGGAGAGCCCUCAUGCUACCUCGUUACCCGCUCAAUCCCCGACGGCGCCAAAGUGUACGAGUUCGACUAUCCGAUUCGGGUUUUCAAGAGCAUCGCCGUGACAGCUGAUGGCCUUUUCCUCGUCAUUCCUUCGAUCGAUGGCAUGAAGGAUGCCCUCUUGAUCUAUCACGCAAAAACCGGCACGCUGGUACACAAAAUGCCCUUGAAAUACCCGAGUUUCAAGGAUUUCCACAUGGUCGUGCCCUUGCCCAAUAAGCCUACCCAAGUGGCGCUCAUCGACCAAGAUAAAGGGAAUAUCGUUGACAUUCGCACCAAGAAGUUCGUGCGGUCGAUCGCCAAGUGGGGAGGAAAGGUAUCGAAGGACGGGAGAUACGGCCUCUACGCCCCGGCCAGAGGAGGACUGGAGCUGCUGGAACUCCGCCACGGCACCUCCGUCAGGACACUCAUCCCGCGCGUGGCUGAGGGCGUGUUCUCCGUCAUCUGCCUGUUCACGCGCACCGACGAGUAUGUCCUCUACUACCACGGCGGCAGGAAGACGAUUCGGGUCUUUAGACUGACCGACGGCAAGAUGAUCGCGAACUACCGCGUGCAGGCCGAACUGACAGCCAUUGCCGCGAGUGAGGACGGGAGGACCAUCGUGCUGGGUACUGUGGACGGCUGCCUUUCCUCCCUCACCAUUGCCGAUCCCACGAGAAAUGGGAUUAAGGAGUACCUGGCUGAUCUUCCUUCGAGAAAUCCACAGGACCUUCAGGACUACGAGGCCCUCAAUUGCAAGGAGAUAAGCAGGACGAACCUGGCCCCUAGUGGCUCAAAAGAAAAGGUAAGAGAUGGCAUGUCACGUGAUGUGCCAUGUCAUAAAUACAAGGAAGAAGAAGCCAAGCAGAACAUGACCUUCAAACGUGCAGUCAAUAUGGUGAUGCUGACCAACCGCCUUCAGGGAGACUCGUCUUCCUUCUUCGGAAUGAAAAAAGCACAGUCUUAG